ACACCAACAACAGAAUGGUCACCAAAGACUCUGAACAGAACGUUCAAGUUCCUCCCGAUGUCUUCUGGAGAACCUGUUUGAGAGCAAAGCUGAGGGACGUGCUCGACAGAAAGUUGCCAUCAACAAAGACUUUCGAAGCUGUCGACACCAAUGUUGUCGUAUCCGUCACUGAUCGAUCACAGCGCGAUCUUGUCAAACGAUUUGAUGAGCUUGAUAUAGAUUGGUCAAUGUUGGAAGCGCAACUACAGACGUGGAGCCAUUUAACCAGCAUAGGGAAAAGUCUAAGAAUCGACUUGUCAUUCAACUACAUGCAGACACGUCUGCCAAGUGAAAGAUCAGCUCGACAACGGCCCGCUCGAGGACGGCCAUCGGUCUCUGACCAGAUGCUGUCCGACCGAGGUCUACAAAUCAGCACUGAGAGAUCCAGCACUGGUGUGUCGCCAGUUUGGCCAGAUGUGUACAACCUGAUGCGGUGUACUGGCCCGCCUUGCCGCGUGGGCCCUUACUGCUGGCGCGAUGCAACAACCAACAAACACUACAGGCUGAAGACGCACCAUCUGAGAACACUCGUCGAGCACGUAGAACAGGGUGGCGAAUUGCGGUGCCACGACGAUGUGCCCGACUUUCUUCAACAGCAGCUAUAUGUAGAAGAACAGUAACACCGAAAGCGUCAACGGAGACGGACAAAGUUCUCAGCAGCCAGCAAUCUGACCGACCAUUCCGACAUAUCCGUGUCAGAGUCACCCCGGUUUCCUUUUCUCUCGCCGUCAACUUCGACGUCUGCGGCAUCCAUAUCAACCGGCCUCCGCAAUUCUCUCGACAUCCCAGGUCUGCGCGACGAUGCCAUGCGCAAGUACUGCGACUGGCAGUGCUCCAAGGUUCGAGAUGAGGACCUCAAGCUGGCCUUCAGAACGGCUUGCGAUCUGGCUCUCAAGGAUGGCCUUGACCUCGAGCUAAUACACAAAGACCCAAACACCAGUGUUUUUAUUCAAGGCGGGGUAAGAAGGGGAAUAGCCGUUAGGUUUGUUAGCGACGUUGAGAACUGGGUUAAAUGCUACAGCUACGACUGAGCCUGAGCUUUCGCCGUCGGGCGACCCCCUAUAGCACUACGGCUCCUCGAUCCUAUACCC